CAGUCAUCUGCAUUGACCACCCGAACUUCCCUGGAGCUUCGUCAUGCCCUGACGACAAUUCAGGAAUGAAAUGAGAGCCUGAGCUUCCUGCUCACCCAAUCAUCACGCUGUCACUUGCAGCUCUCAGCUGUCCUUGUUCUCAGUUGAGCUGUCGCCCCCUGCUACCAGAACAAAAUCCUGCACAGCUCGACUCUACCCUCCCCUCCAUACUCUUCCACUCGUCAAUCCUCCCUGUCUUUUCUUCUUCCUCACCGCUUUGCCUGCUGUCGGACGGUGGGCUGCUACUCAUAACCUCCACCGCUUUCCUUCUCUUCCAUCAUCCUCUGUCUUUUCCUAAUUUCCAUAUUGCCUCUUUCCUUCGAGACUUUGUCGCUCACUGAAAACUGAACGAUCAACAUGGUUCACUUAGCCCAAGUGACGAGUGACCCUCAGAAAGGUCAGAGUAGUGAAUUUGGCCACCCACGGCGUCGGGCUUCUGUGGUUCCUGGCCUCGAGCAUAUCUCUCUUGAGCCUCCCGGGGAAGAUGAGUUCUCCACCUCCGUCUAUGGUUCCCGCUUUGCUGCGGAGGAUCUUCCAUCACACGAAAUCCCCGAGAAAGAGAUGCCAAAAGAAAUUGCGUACCGCAUGAUCAAAGACGAGCUCAGUCUCGAUGGCAAUCCUAUGCUAAACUUGGCAAGCUUUGUUACCACAUUCAUGGAAGACGAAGCCGAGAAGCUCAUGACCGAUUCCUUCUCCAAGAACUUCAUUGAUUACGAAGAAUACCCGCAGUCGGCCGAGAUUCAGAACCGUUGCGUCAAUAUGAUUGCACGUCUCUUCAACGCCCCCGAGUCUGAGGACGGCAAAAACGCCAUGGGCACCUCCACAAUUGGGUCAAGUGAGGCUAUCAUGCUUGCUGUCCUUGCGAUGAAGAAGAGGUGGGCAAAUAAACGUAAAGCCGAGGGAAAGGACUUCUCAAGACCCAACAUUGUCAUGAACAGUGCUGUGCAGGUGUGCUGGGAAAAGGCGGCUCGUUACUUUGACGUCGAAGAGAAAUACGUGUACUGCACCGAAGACCGCUAUGUUAUUGACCCAGAGGAGGCUGUCAACCUGAUCGACGAGAACACCAUUGGUAUUUGCACCAUUCUCGGCCUGACCUAUACCGGCGAGUAUGAAGACACCCAGAUGAUCAACGACCUGCUGGUCGAGCGAGAUAUCGACUGCCCAAUCCAUGUGGAUGCAGCAUCUGGUGGUUUUGUCGCUCCCUUUGUCAAUCCCAACCUGGUCUGGGACUUCCGCCUGCCCAAGGUUGUCAGCAUCAAUGUCUCCGGCCACAAAUAUGGUCUGGUCUACCCUGGCGUCGGCUGGGUUGUCUGGAGAUCACCUGAGUACUUGCCCAAAGAACUCGUCUUCAACAUCAACUAUCUCGGCGCUGACCAGGCUUCUUUCACCCUAAACUUCAGCAAAGGAGCUAGCCACGUCAUUGGCCAGUACUAUCAAAUGAUUCGACUUGGCAAGAGGGGAUAUCGCAGUAUCAUGCUGAAUCUCACUCGCACGUCUGACUACCUGGCAGCUCAGCUCAGAGCUUUAGGCUUCAUCAUCAUGUCGCCCGGCGGCGGCCGAUCACUCCCUGUGGUUGCAUUCCGUCUGGACCCCGACAAUGAGCAAAUGUUUGACGAAUUCGCCAUCGCCCACCAGCUUCGAGAACGUGGCUGGAUUAUCCCUGCCUAUACAAUGGCUCCUCAUAGUGAGACCCUCAAACUGAUGCGUGUUGUGGUCCGUGAGGACUUUAGCAAGCAACGUUGCGAUUCCCUGGUCAACGACAUCAAAAUGGCAUUGCAGGUGCUUGGGGAGAUGGACAAAAAGACCAUGGAGCGUUACCAAGAUCAUGUGAAGAAGCAUCACACCAAGAUCGGAAGAAACGGUCGUAAUGUCAAUGCUUACAAGGAUGAGAAACAUUCUCUCCAAGGCAAGCACGGCAAGACCCACGCCAUCUGCUAGUUGAUCACGCUGAAAUGCUACGUUGCUAUAACUCGGGGCAGAUAUCGUCGGGGCAAUCUUGCAUCGGUCUGGACAGCUCAACUCGCGCCUCCGGGGACAGGGAAAACAAACGGCGACUUCAUCUACUAUCAUUGGAAACACAGACAAGAAAUGUCAUUAUGAACUGAGCGGCACCACAUCUGGGAUCCAGUUAGCUGGAUCCCAGGUCGAUGCAAGCUUCUAAAAGUCCAAUACGAACAAUCGUUACGUUUUAAA